GGCGGCCGGGGGGGAGGGUCUCGGCUCCGCCGACGGAGCCCGCGGGGACCCUGGCGGCUGCCAGUGACAGUCGGGGCGGCAUGGCCGAGGCUGGCGGGGCCGGGCCCCCAGCGCUGCCGCUCGCGCCCCCGCACGGUUCUCCCCGGACCCUGGCCACUGCCGCCGGGAGCUCUGCUUCCUGCGGGCCAGCGACCGCGGUGGCCGCGGCGGGCACGGCCGAAGGACCGGGAGGAGGCGGCUCGGCCCGGAUCGCCGUGAAGAAGGCGCAGCUGCGCUCUGCUCCACGGGCGAAGAAACUGGAGAAACUCGGCGUGUACUCCGCCUGCAAGGCAGAGGAGUCCUGUAAAUGCAAUGGCUGGAAAAACCCCAACCCCUCUCCUACUCCACCAAGAGGAGACCUCCAGCAGAUAAUUGUCAGUUUGACAGAAUCCUGUCGAAGCUGUAGCCAUGCCCUUGCUGCCAUGACAAUGAAGGACAAAGAGCUGUUCCUGCAGGGAGGUUCCCAGGCAGAAAGCCUUGUGGCAUGUAAGCACAGCAGCGAAGCCAUCAAGGUGGAGCCUGGAGACAGGUGUCAGUGGAAAGAAACAGGUCUCGGGAAGUCGACUCUCUUGAGAAAGUCAAUUUUACAAAGAGGAAAACCUGUGGUUGAGGGCUCCUUGGAGAAGAAGCCACCAUUUGAAAAGCCCAGUAUUGAACAGGGUGUGAACAACUUUGUACAGUACAAGUUUAGUCACUUGCCAUCAAAAGAGAGGCAGACAACAAUCGAGCUGGCCAAGAUGUUUCUAAACCGCAUAAACUACUGGCAUCUGGAGGCUCCAUCUCAGCGGAGACUACGGUCUCCCAAUGAUGACAUCUCCGGAUAUAAGGAAAACUACACAAGGUGGUUGUGCUACUGCAAUGUACCGCAGUUCUGUGACAGCUUACCUCGGUACGAAACCACAAAGGUGUUUGGGAGAACAUUGCUCCGCUCGGUCUUCACCAUCAUGAGACGACAACUCUUGGAACAAGCCAGACAGGAAAAGGACAAAUUGCCUCUAGAGAAACGCACGCUAAUCCUCACACAUUUCCCAAAGUUUCUGUCCAUGUUGGAAGAAGAAGUAUAUAGUCAAAACUCUCCUAUCUGGGAUCAGGAUUUUCUCUCAGCCUCUUCCAGAACCAGCCCAUUAGGAAUCCAAACAGUGAUCAGUCCUCCUGUUACUGGGACAGCAUUGUUUGGUUCAAAUUCCACUUCCCAUGAGCAGAUCAACGGAGGAAGAACAAGUCCUGGAUGCAGAAGCUCUUCUGGGCUUGAAGCAAACCCAGGAGAAAAGAGGAAAAUGAACAACUCUCAUGCUCCAGAGGAGGCCAAGAGAUCUCGAGUGAUGGGGGAUAUUCCUGUGGAAUUGAUCAAUGAGGUCAUGUCUACCAUCACAGACCCUGCAGGGAUGCUUGGACCAGAGACCAAUUUUCUGUCAGCACAUUCAGCCAGAGAUGAGGCGGCAAGGCUGGAAGAACGCAGGGGUGUCAUUGAGUUCCAUGUGGUGGGCAAUUCCCUGAACCAGAAACAAAACAAGAAGAUCCUGAUGUGGCUGGUGGGCCUACAGAAUGUGUUUUCCCACCAGCUGCCCCGAAUGCCCAAAGAGUACAUCACACGGCUCGUCUUUGACCCGAAACACAAAACCCUUGCUUUAAUUAAAGAUGGCCGUGUCAUUGGUGGUAUCUGUUUCCGGAUGUUUCCAUCCCAGGGAUUCACAGAGAUUGUUUUCUGUGCAGUAACCUCAAAUGAACAAGUCAAGGGCUAUGGAACCCACUUGAUGAACCAUCUCAAAGAAUACCACAUAAAACAUGAGAUCCUGAACUUCCUCACAUAUGCAGAUGAAUAUGCCAUCGGCUACUUCAAGAAACAGGGUUUCUCCAAAGAAAUCAAAAUACCUAAAACCAAAUAUGUUGGCUAUAUCAAGGAUUAUGAAGGAGCCACUUUGAUGGGAUGUGAGCUGAACCCUCAGAUCCCAUAUACAGAGUUCUCUGUCAUCAUUAAAAAGCAGAAGGAGAUCAUUAAAAAGCUGAUAGAAAGAAAACAAGCUCAGAUUCGAAAAGUCUACCCUGGACUUUCAUGUUUCAAAGAUGGAGUUCGGCAGAUUCCUAUAGAAAGCAUUCCUGGAAUCAGAGAGACAGGCUGGAAACCAAGUGGAAAAGAGAAAAGUAAAGAGCCCAAAGACCCCGAGCAGCUUUAUAGCACCCUCAAGAACAUCCUGCAGCAAGUGAAGAGCCAUCAAAGUGCUUGGCCCUUCAUGGAACCAGUGAAGAGAACAGAAGCUCCAGGAUAUUAUGAAGUUAUAAGGUUCCCCAUGGAUCUGAAAACCAUGAGUGAACGCCUCAGGAACAGGUACUAUGUGUCUAAGAAGUUAUUCAUGGCGGACUUGCAGCGAGUGUUCACCAACUGCAAAGAGUACAACCCUCCCGAGAGCGAGUACUACAAAUGUGCCAGCAUCCUGGAGAAGUUCUUCUUCAGUAAAAUUAAGGAAGCAGGGUUGAUUGACAAGUGAUUUCUUUCCCUUAGACACACAUCAGCAGUGUGCCUAAAGCAGGUCAUUUAGGUUUUUGGUUGCUUUUGUUUUUGUUUUUGUUUUUUUUUUUUUUAAAAUUGUACAUCAUGUGUUGAAGAGACUUGUAAUAAUUAGCACUUUUGAAAAACAAACAAAACCUCCUUUUAGCUUUCCAGAGAUGUAUUUAAAUGGAAAUCAUAGAUUUUUUUUUUUUUUAUUUUGUGGAAUAGAUUUUAAUCUAUUUACUACUAUCAUGUAAUUUUUCUCUGGCAUGUCCAGUAGCUGACUAUUGCAUGGUAGAUGAUCAGGGGCUUCCUCAAAACCUGUAUGUGAGGAAAUUGCACACAGUACCAAGAUUUGGAGGAAUCUAGAGAAAAUUUUGACCAUGAAUGUCUCCAUUUUUUUCUAAUGGAACAUGAGAGUUUAUUUUAUUCUGAAGGACUUUAAGGGUCCAUGAUACACCUGUGUGGUGAAUGAGCUGUGUGACGUUUGAAGUCUCACUGUAGACUUUUUAUAAGUAUAUAUUUUUAAAACACUCAUCUAGAUGAGGUGCUUUGAGCAGUUCUGAAAAAAAAAUGCAGCUUCCACAAUAGCAGCUGCUUUGACUCCUAAGGAAGGGACUUUUUAUAAGCUCCUGGGGCUUUGAUCAUUCUGUCUACCUAUUACAGACUUGAGAGUGCACAACCACUAUUUAAUAAUUCUUGGCAGAUGUGUCCAUCUCAUAUUUGACUUUGCUUGUGCAGGGCCCAACUUCUCAACGAUCCAUUCCCAGGCCACAAAGGCGUCAACUUGAAAACAUUUGAGGUUGAGCCAAUGUUAAGACAUGUGGCCUAAACAGGAACCCAGGGGAGCCUUGCUCCAGUAUGUAAGGAUUCUUUGUAUUUUCUGGUACAUUUAACCCCAUCAGCAGUGUCUAUGUAAACAUUUCCCAUUUGCACUUCCAGAUUUGUUUAUUUGAGGUGAACUGAAUUCUCACCAAAGUCUUGGCCAGUAUUUUAACACCUGCAUUGUUUCAUUGGUCCAGGGUUAUAUCCCACUAACAUUCGCUGUACAAUCUUAUUAACCAAUUUGUCUCAGGACUCCAACUUAGUGCUUGGAUUUGUUUCCUGAUUACACUACAUAGAAAAGUGGGACACCUGCCACCCCAACUCUGGGAAAAACCAACUAAUAUACAACCAUAUUAAAUGAAGGCCACCUUAAUGGUCUCGACACUAAUUUUUAUGAUACAAAUUUAUAAACUGAUUUUUUUUGUAAAGGCUGAGGUUUUAAAAAUGUAUUUAAUGUAUGUUUUCUAUCAGCAUAAAUUAUAUUGGGUCACUAAUAGUCAUUAAAAACAGCUUGCAGAGGUAGUGUGCUUGAAGGAAAAUAUCCUGGCAUUGCUACUGAGUGCUGCUUCUGACACGGAAGGCAUGCUAUAUGUUCAGAGUGUUCACUUUAGAUCACACUGAAGAUGCCUCAACAUUUGGAAGUGUAAGGAACACUUUGAGUGGUGCCUAGCCUUUUAAUGAAGAAUGAUAAUACAGGUUGCAUUAAGUGUCUCAGACUGGUUUUAAAACAGCUUUGUACCGAUUUUGCUGAAGCGUCUGUCCAGCUUGGUAUCCUGUGAAAGUUUGUUAUUUCCUGGGUAGACAUUCUUAAAGAGUAUUGUCUUUAAAAUCAGAUGGUCUCUUCUAUAUUGAAAGCAUUUUUAUGUUUUCUAAUUUAAAAUUAAUAUUUUCUUAUAGAUAUUGUGCAAUAAAGCAGAAGUAGAAUGUG